UGUGGCCAAGUGUGGAUCCACUAAUAAGUCAGAGUGCAAUUCAUUUUUUUACAAGUAAAUUGUGGAGUUAUCUUUUUUAUUUUAAUUUUAAUUGACCGAACAAUUUAAGUUUAAAAUUACAAACGCGCCUGUCUAUUCCAGUGGAAAAAUCACCUCGUGGGGCUACUGCGAACAUGUGAUGAUUUUUCGUGUGAUGUGAGCAAAGCAAAAAAAGUGACGUGAAAAUUUCCAUGCAAGCAUAUUGCAAAAGUUUCCAUGCAGAUAAAGAAUUACAAAUAUUUAUCAAAAAAGUUGUUUGGCGUAAAAAUGCAAUUGUAAAAUUUAUUUGAAGUGCUAUGUGUGCUAGGGCGGUAACUUCACGACAAGUGAAGAAGUAAAGUUGUAGCAAGAAAAACGAACGAAAGUGUGUGCUUUGGGCGUCUGGAGUGCAGCGCGUAAUUAAAUAAAGGCCAUUGGAGCAGUUGAAGCGAUUAUAAAGCUUUAGUGCAACGCCAUUGAUACUAUCUGUAGCCCGUGGAGCAAGUGUUCAGUGUAACACAUUUUCAGAGCUUAAAAAAAUCUCUGCAUUUUACUAUCUACGCUCCAUUGCGUCAUUGCUGACUCGUAGUGUUUCUUUGUUUUGCUCUUGUUCCCUAAUCUGUGUGGGUGCAUGCCUACAACUCGUUGCGUACGUGUGCAUUUCUCGUAUACAUAUUUGUGGACUUUCAUUCCGGGCGGUAUUUAACGUUUUGUACAGGCUCCUUCGCAGCCUUCGAAUAUAUAUACAUAUAAUAUUUUGUUGUUGCAUUUUGGCCAUCUGUGCAAGUGCAAAACGUACAUCUGUGCUGCGCUUGGCCGAAGGACGACGCCUUUUUACACAAUAACAAAAAGUCCAGCAUGCAAAUGUGCAUAUAAGUAAAACUAACAAAAUUGUUGACGAAAGGCAAGAUUACGAGGAAUAAAAUAAAAAAGUUUUAAUCAAAGUAUAGAUAGAUAGUGUAUCUAAGUGUUAUAGUAGUAUAUUGCUGGUGACCGAAGCAUUGCAACAACUGUAUCGGCCUUUCAGAAAGUCUACAUCGAAGGCCCCAAGCAAGGCAUAAAAUGGAUACGUUUCGAAAGUGGCUGAACAAACCAAAGGCGGAUGAUAAAUCACUACUUGCACGCUUCUAUCAUGCAGAUCGGUCACUCACAGCCGUCGCCAGCGAACUGGAUAGUUUCGAUGGGCGCGCAGAGCCAGAUCGUUGUUCGCGGCUUGUCAGUCGGCUGCGCCAGGGACAGGACAAAGUACUCGCCAUCACCAAUUUGAUUAUGGAAGAGUUGCUCGGUGAUGAACGCCAUCCGCGUGCGUUUCGCGCCAAAUUUCCCGAAGAAGUGUUGCAAGAGAAUCUUGCCGGCCAAUUGUGGUUCGGCGCCGAGUGCCUUGCUGCCGGUUCAUCGAUAAUGCAUCGUGAACAGGAAAGCAAAGAGAUGCGUCCAUUGGCACAGGCCGUCACAAAGAGUUUGGGUACAGUGCGCAGUCUGUUGCGUGAUCAGUGCCUUCGCAACAAUGUGCCGAACAGCAAAACAUUGCGUUUGGAUAUUAACGAUUCGGGCACAGAGCAAUUGUAUGAGAGUUUGAAGAUUUUUGAUCGUUUAUUUGCCGAAUUCGAAUUACGUUACGUCAGCGCUAUGGUGCAGGUUAAGACAAAGGAGGAGUAUGAAAUGCAGGAGCUAAUUUGUGUACUCUUCUCAGAGACACUGCAACGCGCAAUUAAAUUGGGUCUAAUUGAUCAGGACAAAGUAGAUACAUUCGAUCCUGCUUUAAUGUUUUCCAUUCCACGAUUGGCUAUUAUUACCGGGUUGGUCGUCUAUCCGAAAGGGCCGCUGAAUAUGGAUAUGUCAGCAGAUCAGCUGUCGGAGAUGUUUCGACCCUUUCGCACGAUACUCAUAAAAAUUCGCGACCUACUACGUACGCUGAGCAAAAGUGAAUUGCAGCAGCUGGAAAAACUUUUGUGCACCAAUGAAGAUAUUCAAUUGAAUCCAGUUGGCCACAGCAGCAUUGAAGCGCCGAGUGAGGAUCAACAGAAUAACAAUAGCAACACAACUAUUAGCACAAGUACUAGCACAAAAAAUCCCUCAAGUAGAACAGAAGAGUUCACAGAACCAGAAUUGGAGCAACGAAACAAUAAUUUAAGUAGCACACGGCCCAGUGCCGAAAAUUGGACCCCACCACUCCCCGCCGCCGAGUCAGGCACAAGAAGUUCAAAAGAUGAUUUAAGAACAGUUGGUUCGAAGUCACGUUGUGGCUCUUGCAGUCGACACUCAGUCUCCUCAGCCUCUGGUGACAGUUCAGUACUUUCCACACCCGCCGCUUCACCUACCCCAUCACAUUCAAUUGCGUCUACAACAUCUGCUGUAACCAAUAGCUCCACUACCUCACCUGCAGACUGGUCCGAUGAUGAAGAUGACGAUGAUGAGGACGAAGACGAAGACGACGAUGGCGAUGAUGAUAUUCUCAUCAAUGCAGAUGAUGAGGCUGAACUCGAUGAAGAUGAUGAUAAUGAGGUAGUGAUUGGUGAUUGUGAAAACGAAGACAUUGUAUCUGCUGAUUGCGCCUCGGGUUAUCUCAUUCCAAAUACAAAUUUCGGCAAUCUUUUGCAACCCCAAGAUGUUCCUUUGACAGGCAACUUUAUUGCCAGUGAAGAUGACGCGUCCAGUAAUGCCAAUGUUGAGGUGGAAGAUGAGCGCGCUUUUUCAGAUGUACCCACCACUAGCGCGGCAUUGAGGCGACUACGCCUCAGCAAUCAAACUGAACACUCUGCCAUGCAAAGUGGCGAUAAAGCGACAAUAAUCGCGCCAACAGCAGCUACAACUAUAACACUUUCACCAAAGUCAUCUCUUUCGAGUGGCAGUAGUGAAACUGAUAAAUUGUCUGCCUGUAGCUGUGAGUCUCCGUCAUCCUCGUCGACGCAAAGCAAAAAGAGUGAAGUAAGUGGGAAAGAGACAACCCAACGUCACUCUAGCAGUCAUCAUCACCGUCACCUUGAUCAUAGCUGCUCGGCGGCAAGACCACAUAAAACUCACAGUCAUCAUACGCACGGUAGCCCUCCUUUUCGACACCAAAAUCAACAUCACCAUCACCAUCAUCAUCAUCGGCGUAAUCGAAGAGGCAGUGAUCACACAACGAAGGCGAAAAGCAGCGCAGCUGAGGAUUGCGUUAGUAACGACGCAACCACUCAACAGCUAGGAAACUCGGAUAAUGUGAAAGAGUUCAACAAGUCGAAGACGACUACUUGUAACAACAGCUCCUCGAGCGCAGAUAGCAGCACGGCAUCUUCGCUGUCCGAUGGCGUUGUUGAUGCGCACCAACAACCUAACGAAGUUAAUCAGGCUAUAAAGGUGUCCACCCGCAAGAGAUUUAAAACUAUUGAAAAUCUUCUCCAUCGCCUUUUUGUUUGCAUUGCCGGAGUGGCUGAUCAACUGCAGACCAAUUUUGCAGCUGAUUUACGUCAAAUACUACGCAGUGUGUUCCUUAUGAAUAUGUCACCCGUGCAGGAAGAGCUCGACAUACCCGAAAAACCAAAGGAAUCGGAACUUUUUGAGUUCCGUGCUUCCGAACAGGAUGUGAUACAGGAGAAUGCCGGCUCCAACCAGAGCAUUUAUUCAGCAGAGGAAGUCAAUCCCGAGCUGGACAAUGUGUUCCACAACAGUAGCGGUAGUGGUUCCGGCAGCGGUAAUAACAGUAGCAGCAGCAACAGCAGCAGCAGCAGCGGCGCUAGCGUCAGCGUCAGCAAUAGCAAUAAUCGGCAUUCCCUUGGUGGCGCCAUACAGCGUGGCAAUACCAUAGAUGUAUCAGAUCCGAAUGUUGUGUCGUCCGGUGUGUCCGUGGGGCGCACGCAUGUCAGUCGCAGCCGCAGUUUGGGUGAUCACGAUCACAGUGAUAUAGGCGCGACACCUGCCACAUCGUCCGCCACAACGACGGUCGGCCUUCAAAGUAGUCGCCGCUUAAGCGCUUACAUCAGUGGACAGCGGCAACGCCGAAAUCGAAAUGAUUCAGUGGAUAGCACUUCGCCCAUCUCAUCCAGCUCUUCAUCAUCUGCCUCGUCCGAAAGCAAUUCACCAGUUAGUCAGCGCGCUUCAAUACCCAACCCAGCUAGCAGUAACAACAAUAAUAAUCUAACAGCAACAAGAACGUCACCACCGUCUGCUGCUGCCGCUGCCGCUGCCGCUACUAGUAUGCGCACCGCCAGCAUAAAUACACGCCUGUCCCCGCCCGCUUGGGUGCCGGACGAUAAGGCGCCGCGUUGCAUGGCUUGUCGCACACAGUUCACAGCAUUCCGCCGUCGCCAUCACUGUCGCAACUGCGGUGGCGUAUUCUGCGGUGUCUGUUCGAAUGCAUCGGCACCAUUACCCAAAUAUGGACUGACAAAGGCAGUACGCGUAUGCCGUGAUUGCUAUGUGCGUGAGGUGCGCGCCAAUACCACUGUCACUGGUGGCGGCGCUGGGCGUAGCACUGUCAUAUCGCCGCGGGCAACAGCGGCAGCAGCAACAGCUGGCGGGUCGUAGAAAGGCGAACUGCAGCAAUGGGUAGGGCUCAGAGGGAGCUCACUCGCGGAACUGAUAAAAAUGAAAAGCUAGGCUUUCGUAUUGCUUUACUGCUGCUUUACCAUACUUUGCCACGCGUCGUCUGUGGAACAUUAUAAUCUAAAUGAUUUUCGAUUUUUGUUUGUUUAAUUUUAAAUUGUGAAAAGUUACACAAUGCAAAUGUGUAAAUAUGAAUUGUAUUGGACUUUUAAGUUAGCGACAAUUACAACUGUGUGUUUGUUGUAAGCCAGAAUAGCGUUUACAAUUAACAAAUCGAUGUCAACAAUUCAGAUAAUGAUGUUUGCGUAAGGGGGUACAGUUCCAUAGGUAGACUGUUACUAAACUGUUUUUUUUUUUUUUUUUUGGAAAUAGGAGCAAUGUAUUAGCUUUGAGCUAGAACACCGGCAUGCGUUUUGCCUAAAUUAUGCAUUUCCAGUUGUUUCGUAUAACAAAUUAUAACACUACGAUUCCAUAAAAACAAAGAUAUUUAAUUGAGACAGCAAAAUGCAGCAUUUUUGUGAAUUUUCAAACUCAAAUAUUUUUUAAUCAUUUCGUGUAAAACGUAUUAGAUUCAGCGCAGAAUCCCGUCUCGGAAAUUUUCAUAUUCAGCUUACGUUUGUGUUUGUGAUAUAACAAUGCAAUUUCUUUUAAAAUUAAUAACUUGUUCCUAGCUCAGGUCUAAAUACCCUCCUAGCAGAAAACUGCUUGCGCAUACAUUUGCAUACGGUUUGGAUUUUUGAUUAACAUAUUUCUUUUUUUUUUUUUUGUUUCAAAAAUACAAGUUUGAUUUAAGUUUUAUCAAACAUUCGCAUAUGUAGUAAAAGAGUCAGCAACCACAGUGUAUGUAUGUAUUCCUAUGUACAACUUAGAACUUGGUCUAUUUUUGUAUAACUUAGUAUUUAAUGAAAUUUAAAACAAUAAAAACAUAACUGAUGAACAUAGACAACUGUUAGUUUUGUAGUAAUAAGAAGUUUUUGUAUUGCAUUUUUUAGUGAAGAGGAAACUAAAAAUAAUUUUUUAACAAAAACUGAAAAUAAAAAUAUUAAGACACGCCCAUAUCUGUUUUAUAUUGCAUAAUUGUGUUUCUGAGAUGCGUGCGGCCGAAAGUAAUGAGAUGAUAAGAGAAAGUGUGAAAAUAGUGUAGUAUAGGAAAUUUCUGAAAUAAGUUGAGUUCUGAUAUUUUGGGUAUUCUAUCAAUUAUAUUAAUACAUACACAUUUUCUUUGCAAUAGUAAGUAAAUAUGAAUUAAACACAUAUAGCCUUACUUUUUUAUUGCAUUGCUUUUGUAAAAAAAA